UUUGUUUUUUCUUUUUGGCAAAAUAAUAAAUGGGAUAGAAGAGGAAAAUGGGCCUCAUCCACCAUCUCAAAUGGUAUUCUCGGCAAACCCGCUAUCCCUCAGCCUCCCGGACCCAGCCUUCGAAUCAUGGCUUCGAGACAAAGGCUACCUCGAAAUCCUUGACGAGAGAACCACAGCCGUCCAUUCUUCCUCGUCAGCAUCAUCAUCAUCAUCUUCAUCCUCAUCAACCUUGGGCCCUGGCCCAGCUAGCCUCAUCAUUACCGGCAGCAGCUCGGUUUUCUCCCGUCUAAGCACCCUCGCUUCCCUCCUCACACUCAACCCGUUUGCGAAGCUCACAGCCGAUGAUUUCGCCGGGGACACUCCGUCCUGGACCGUUGGAUUCUUCGGAGAGGCCGACUCCUAUUCGUGGCCUACCAGCCCCUCUCAGGCCAGGAUGAGAGCCCACGAGAACGUCAAGCGCUACGCCCGCAACUACGCCUGCCUCUCCCUCCUGUUCCUCGUCUGCUCUCUGUACCAGAUUCCUAUUGCUCUUUUUGGGUUGAUAAUUGGCCUGGCUCUAUGGGAGGCGUUCAGAUUAUGUAGUGACAGAUGGAGAUUGGAAGGGUACCCGAUUGUUCGCCGGGCUCUUCUUCAUGUGUUGCAGUUUGCAGCAAUUGCCGUUGUGUUCUACAGUUGCAGUGUUCAGAUAGCUCUCUUUUGCGCCAUUGCAGUCAGUUAUGGAGUGAUGAUUUUGCAUGCUUCACUUCGGAAGUUGACUCCUUCUAAGCUACUGGCCCGAGCAGAUGGAUCUAAAAGAUUUCAGAAAAACAAAUACAGGACCUGAAUUUCACACCAGUGAUAUUAGUAUGUGAAUCAUCUUUCCUUUUGUUUGUUGGCAUUUACACAAUUAUUAUAAAUGGUUUCAUCUCUGAGACGCAUACAUAGAUGAUGCAAUGAUAGAGCAAGAAGUUCCAUUUGCGAAUUUCAAGUUGAUCUUGUUCCUGGAC